AUGGCUCUUAUACCGAGAAUUCCAGAUGAAUUUAUAAAAAGAUUUGGGAAUGAACUCAAGAAUGUUGCUACAAUUACUGUUCCCGAUGGUUGUGAUUGGGAAAUGAAACUGAAGAAAUGCGGCAAUGACGUUUACUUUUGCAACAAAUGGCAACAGUUUGCAGAAUACUAUUCUAUAGGGUAUGGUUCCUUCCUGUGUUUCAAAUAUGAAGGGGAUUCAAAGUUUAGUGUCUUUAUAUUUGAUGCAACUUCUAUUGAGAUUUGCUAUCCAUUCAAAACUCAAAGUACAAAUGGAGAAACAAAAACAAAGUUUCAUAGUCCUAGGAAAAGGUCCAAGGUUGAAACAAGUGACAAUCAUGCUUCUAAAAGAGCAGAGGAAGCUGCCAAAGAAUUUAAUCCAAAAAACCCUUAUUUUUGUUCCAAAAUUCUUAAGGGAAAUUAUGUGUAUGUUAAUGCUGAUUUUGCUUCAAAGCAUCUGAAUCCAAAUGUUCCUAUAAAGCUCCAAAAUUCUCACGGAAAGCAGUGGGAAGUUUCAUGUGCAAUGCAUGAUGCCAAAUCAUCAUCAACAGCAAUGAUAAUAUCAAGGGGAUUUCCUAUAUUUCUAAGGGGCAACAAUCUGUCUCAUGGAGAUUAUUGUGUGUUCGAGCUGAUCAAUAAGACGCCGGAUGUGCUAAAAGUCACAAUGUUUCGUAGAAUUCCAGAUGGAUUUAUAAAAAGAUUUGGGAAUGAACUCAAGAAUGUUGCUACAAUUACUGUUCCCGAUGGCUGUGAUUGGGAAAUGGAACUGAAGAAAUGCGGCAACGACGUUUACUUUUGCAACAAAUGGCAACAGUUUGCAGAAUACUAUUCUAUAGGGUAUGGUUCCUUCUUGCGUUUCAAAUAUGAAGGGGAUUCAAAGUUUAAUGUUGUUAUAUUUGAUGUAACUUCUGUUGAGAUUUGCUAUCCAUUCAAAACUCAAAGUAUUAAUGGAGAAACAAACACAAAGUGUCAUAGUCCUAGGAAAAGGUCCAAGGUUGAAACAAGUGACAAUCAUGCUUCUAAAAGAUCAGAGGAAGCUGCCAAGGAAUUCAAUCCAAAAAACCCUUACUUUUGUUCCAAAAUUCUUAAGAGAAAAUAUGUGUAUGUUAAUGCUGAUUUUGCUUCAAAGUAUCUAAAGCCAAAUGUUCCUAUAAAGAUCCAAACUUCUCAUGGUGAGCAGUGGGAAGUUUUUGGCAUAUUGCAUGACGCCAAUUCGUCAUCAGCAAUGAAAAUAACGAGGGGAUUUUCAAUAUUUCAAAGGGACAAUAAUCUGUCACAUGGAGAUUAUUGUGUGUUUGAGCUGAUCAAGAAUAAUCCGUUGGUGCUAAAAGUCACAAUGUUUCGUGCGGCUGACUAUGGCGAUUAACAACUUAUGUAUCCUCUCUACUUUGAUGUUUUGGUAUUUGAUAAUUUCAAUGCAUUGCACCAACAAGUAAUGUAAUAGGCACUUUGUAUUCUGUUUUAUAUUGCUUAUAUAGGAUGUCUUUGCUUUUUCGACCUUGAAGCAGUGUAGAAUUAGAACUUAGGUACUAAUGUAGUCAGUGACAUGUAAAUGAAAUGGCUAUGAUGACAGGCCUAAAAAUCAA